AUGACUUGUGCACAUGGAGUGGGAAACCGAAUGAUACAAGAUAUCUUUCAACAUUCGGGGGAGACGGUUCAUAAACACUUUCACAGUGUUUUAAAAGCAGUUUCUAAGCUUGCAAGAGACAUUAUUAAACCACGUUUAAAUUAUAAUGAUGGUGUUGGAGCUCACAAGCCAUGUAAUGAACGAUAUUUGCCUUUCUUUAAGGAUUGUAUUGGAGCACUUGAUGGCACACAUGUCAAAGCUAGAUUGCCACAAGGUCAACAAAUACCUUAUAUUGGACGUAAAGGUUAUUCGACUCAAAAUAUCCUUGCUGUUGUGGAUUUUAAUAUGUGUUUUACAUUUGCAUGGGCUGGGUGGGAAGGAGCGGCUCAUGAUAAUCGUAUAUUUGGUGACGCUCUUCGUAGAAGUGAACUUAACUUUCCACAUCCUUUAGGAAACAAAUAUUAUUUAGUGGAUGCAGGAUAUGCACAUAUGAAGGGAUAUAUGGCUCCAUACAAAGGAGACAAUGUGAGAUAUCAUUUUCCUGACUUUCGUCGUGGUGCAACAAGACAAUUGCGUGAGCCAAGAGGACACAUUGAAAAAUUUAAUUAUAUGCAUUCUCCAUGUAGAAAUAUAGUAGAGCGCACAUUUGGUGUUUGGAAAGCAAGGUGGUCUAUUUUGCGAGAUAUGCCUUAUUAUAACAUUGACACUCAAAGGGACAUCGUACUUGCUACUAUGGCCAUUCACAAUUAUAUUAAACAAAAAUGCAAUGUGGAUGAUGCCUUUCAAACAGCUGAGGAUGAGAGAUAUAUUCCAUCGGUUGACUCUGAAUUUGGCACAAGUUCAAGCACUAACAAUAUAGAAGAAAAUAUGGAAGAACAAAGUGAUACUUAUUGGAUGGGGCUUCGUGACAUGAUUGCUAAUGAAAUUGGUAACGUUUGA